UACAAUCAGAUCCCAAAAGGACUCCUGUCAUGUUCGGUUCGACUACACCACAUCACGCAGUGGCGAGCCUUAUAAAAGCUCUGCAGCCCGCGCUCACCUCAGCACUUCCAUCAACAUGAGGGCGACAGUGGCAGCUCUUCUCCUGUGUCUUGCGGUAUCAGCAUGCCGCAGCCAAGAGACUCCACCUGGCCCUCCUGGACCAACUGAAGGGCCACAACCAACUGGUCCACCAGGCCCACCAACUGGAGGACCUGACCCAACAGGCCAACCCACUGGAGGCCCUGAACCAACUGGACCACCUGGUCCACCAACUGGAGGACCUGACCCAACAGGCCAACCUACUGGAGGUCCUGAACCAACUGGAGGGCCGCAGCCAACUGGUGAACCUCAGCCUACUGGUGGACCUCAACCUACUGGCCCACCAGGGCCGCCAACUGGGGGACCUGGUCGUUUUUGGCGUGGUGUGUUCUGAAGAUUCUGCAUCAGUACAACUCUGAAACAUCAGAAGAUUUCAUCCACAGCAUUUGGAAAUAACUGAAUCACAGCUUAUUGAUGGAAAUGUUCUCGUAAUCUCAUUGUAAAUUUAUUUCUCAUUAAACUAGCAAUGAAAAAUCUC